UUCCGAGUUCGAAUCCCACCCCUUCAGAAUUGACUGGAAUAGAGUAUAAAUACCUAGAAGAUAAUAGAGAAGGUGGGGAAACUUCUAGAUUUUGCAGUAGUGGUCAUCAAUUGUGGAGCAGUCACAUCGAAGGCGGCGAAACAAGCGGUGAAUUGCACACAGAUCCCAAACCCACUGCAUUUCUACACGCGUACUUUCAACAUUAAAUUCCACAGGCCGAUCUGGCCAAAAUUGCAAAGUAGCGGUGCCACGCUUUUCGAAAUUAGGUUUAUAAAACAUUGGGCAUGACUGUGGGAGAAAUACUUGUUGCAAUUUGAUAACUCGAAUUUUCUGCCGUGUCUUUGUUGUACGGGGUGUGAUCUGAUAUUCAUUUGACACACAGCGACCUCCGAUUUGAAGCUUUUUGAACUGUGAAUUUGGAAUCUUCGAUUUAGGUUGUCUGCACUUACAUACUAUGGCAGAAACGGACCAGGUAGAGCAAGAGAGGAGGCUCAAAUAUUUGGGGUUUUUUCAAGUUGCGGUGUUGAGGGCUACGGCGUGAGUGACGAGCUUGUACGACUAUGCAAAGGAAAAUUCGGGUCCGUUGAAGGCGGGCGUGGAGACGGUGGAGCAGACCGUCAAGACUGUUGUGGAGCCUGUUUAUCUCAAGAUCCACGGGAUGCCCUCUGAGCUUCUUUACUUAGUUGAUAACAAGGUCGAUGAUACAAUCUGCAAGGUAGAUGAGUAUCUGCCUCCAACAGUGAAGCAGGUAACAUACCAAGUGUACGACAUAACAAAACAAGCACCAUCUAUUGGAAGAUCUAUUGUCAGUGAACUGCAUAGUAAUGGAAUAAUUGGAACAGUAAGUCAAAAAACGAAGAUUUUGUACUCAAGAUAUGAACUUGCUGUCAAUUACGUGUAUGUUAAAUAUGAACCAAUUGCCGAGCAAUGGACUCUCUUUGUAUGGGACAAGCUCCUCAAGCUUCCACUGUUCCCCCAGCUUGUUCACAUCUUUAUCCCAACAGCUACAUAUUGUUCUGAGAAAUACAAUCACGUCGUUCUGUGUUUGGCUGAUAAUCAGUACCAAAUAGCAGCUUUUCUACCGUUAGUGCCUGUUGAGAAAAUCAAGAAAGCAUUGGAGAGGAGUUUGGAAGCAAACGAGGCAAGGAAUAUUGAGACAUCUGCUACCACUUAACAUGAAAUCGAUUGUGACACUACUGUUAUCAGGGUUCUUGAGUAGUAGAAAGAAUGUCCCCUUGUUUAUGCUAAGAUAGUGGUUAGCCCUAUCAACCACUAUCUUGUCUAGUUCAAAGCACUUCGUUUUCUUUUCAGAGUUGGAUUCUUGUCCAAGUGGUUUGAAAAAUUGUGUAUAUUCCUAGUCUGUUGUGCAAUUGGUAUCAACCACUAUCUUGUCUAGUUCAAAGCACUUCGUUUUCUUUUCAGAGUUGGAUUCAUGUCCAAGUGGUUUGAAAAAUUGUGUAUAUUCUUAGUCUGUUGUGCAAUUGGUAUAUACAUACAUUCACAAAGCAAACUUGGCUAC